GUGAAACUGACCUUCAAAGUACGCUCAGAAUAGGCUAGAUUAUGUGAAAUUGUGAUGCCAUGUAAUAUGAUUCAGAAUUUGUAGAUAAUAAUCACAACUAGGUGUAGACAAACUUUAUGAACUAACAGUUAUUUUAAGCAUAAUAUACAUUUAGUGAAUAUAGUCUGAUGCCUCACAUGUGACGCCAUUUUACGCACUUUAUAGCCAUCUAUAUACAGUUAUUCGAUUCAACCGACUUCGAUCUACCAUCUUUAAUACUGUUUGGUGUGCAGCGUGACCGGUUCUAUUACUCUUUCAAAAGUUUAUGUUCAUAUUUAUGAAUUUUGUGCCUUUAUAUUUUACUACAACUUAAGCUUUAUCAUGAGUACAGAUAGCAUCGAAAAGUUGUAUAAAAACUUUGGCAUUUUAGCUGAUGCCAAAGAUAAGUUAGCUGAACAUGAAAAAGAAUACUUAGAAAUUUUAACUGCUGUAAAAGGAUCAUCUAAGGAAAAACGCUUAGCAUCUCAAUUUAUUGCAAGGUUUUUCAAAAAUUUUCCUAAGUUAGCCGAUCAGGCGAUAGAUGCCCAUUUAGACUUGUGCGAGGAUGAAGAUAUGGCGAUAAGGAAGCAAGCUAUUAAAGAUUUGCCUACCUUGUGCAAGGAUAACAAAGAGUACACUGCAAAAAUUGCUGACAUUUUAGCACAAUUGUUACAAGCUCAAGAUCCAUCUGAAUUAGCAGUUGUACAUAAUAGUGUUAUGUCUCUCUUGAAAAGUGAUCCAAAAGGUACAAUAAGUGGAUUCUUUAGUCAAAUUCUCAACGGAGAUGACGGGACAAGGGAAAGGUGUAUUAAAUUUUUAGCGACGAAAUUGAGAGCAAUAGGUCAUGAUAUUAUUACUAAAGAACCAGAAGAUUUGUUAAUUUCAGAGUGCAAAAAAGUCCUACAAGAUGUAACAGCUGAUGAAUUUCAUAGUAUCAUGGAAGUUCUUAGCUGGACUAGAUUAGGUUCUACUAUUUCUGGUCAACAAGAAUUAAUUGAUAUUACGGUAGAACAAGCUGAACUUUCUGUGCCAUUUAAACAUACAAAUGUUGAGCAAUGGAGCCGAUUGAUACAAUGUAUCAAACAUGCUCUUCCAUUCUUUAGUUCUCAAAUUGAUUCAUCAAGAUUUGUUUCAUAUAUCUGUAUUCAAGUUUUACCCCAUUUAUCAUUAAUUAAUACACCCGAUGGAAGGGAUAGUCAGUUGGAAUUGUUAAAACUUCUUGCGGAAUUAACUGUAUUUUGCGGAACAAUCGAAAAUCCGGAAGAAAAAGUACAACAAUUAUAUAACACACUAAUUACAUAUAUGCCUCUUCCACCAGCCACAGAGAUAACGGAUGUCCCAAAGUUACAAUUUAGUCAUGUGGAAUGUUUAAUGUAUGCUUUUCACAAAUUAUGUAAGCAAACACCUGAAUUUCUGGUAAAAGAUCCAGAACAACUUAAAGAAUUCAGACUUAGACUACAAUAUUUUGCUCGAGGGAUUCAAGGAUAUAUUAAAAAAUUACGCGAGGCAAUUAGUGGCAAGUCUGAAGAGGAAUUAAAUACAGAAGAAAAUCAGUUGAAAGUAGUAGCAUUGAAGACAACAAACAACAUCAAUACUUUAAUUAAAGAUCUAUUUCAUUCACCACCCAGUUUUAAGAGUGUGAUACAUCUUUCAUGGAAAACAACAAUGAACGAUAAGAAGAGCGAAAAAAAUUCUUCAAGUCAGAAGAGACAUACUCCUAUAACAUUUGGAAAUGAUAGCAGUUCCAGUAAACGGAAUAAAGAAGACAAAAGCAAUAAAAGGGAAAUAUAUACACCUCCAAGUGGAAAAUACAGUUCAAAUAUAUCCUCCAAUUAUGGAAGCCGUGGUAGAUUUAGAGGUAAUAGGUCUGGUGGACGAGGAGGCUACAGGUCAAGAGGACGUAGUACCUGGAGAAAAAGUUUUUACUAAAUAUCAGAUAGUACGAACUUUUAAAAUAAAGGAGACAUUUAAAAUCUUAGAGAGUGAUACAUGCAGACCUUAAAAAUAUAUGUGUACAGAAAAGUAUGUAGAAGUGUAAUAUCAACAUCAUUAUGGUGUCAACAAAUGUGACGGAACAAGUAAGACAUUCUUCGUUCCUCAAAUGUGUGAAGAGUGGUUAUGUGAAUGUCUCAACUUCAUAAAAAUCUUAUGGAAACAAGCAAAGAGAACACAAAUGAUUUGUUUUGAAAAUGCAGAACAAAAUAUGAAUAAUAUCGGAAUAAUUAUUAACAAAAAUAGAAACAUAACUUUAUUCGAUAUAAAAUAUGAUAGCCAUAAUAAUUAUUCAUUCAUGAUUACUCUGCUAACAUCAAACAAAAUAGAACUAAAUACUUCGAUUUGAUAACAUCUGUAUGUAAAUGGUAUAUAACGGAAGCUAAUUUAAAUCUGCACAGUGUAUGUACACAUAAUGUGGCUACAAGAUAAAAUUAGAGAAACUACUAUAUGUUCUGUGUAACCAAGAUGAAAAAAACAUGAAUAUGAAGAGUUUAACUAAGAAGAAAGAUAUUUGUUUCUUAUAGAGAGAACAAAAAAAAUGUCAAAGAUACAUUUUUCUAUUGAAAAUUGAAAUAACAUAAUUAUUAUGCAUGUGCUUAAUGGCUAAAAAGCACAAGAAGAAAAUAAGAAGUUCUAUAAAAUUGUAAUAUUCUCAUCGAAUCAAGAAAGUCAUAGUGUUCGUGCAGUGUCAGGAGAUAUAUUAGAAGAAAGAGGAUAUUACUCUUUCUGAAAAAUAUGUCAUAUCAAAUUAUUAGCAAUCGUAACAUCUCUCUGUCUUAUCCUAAGUAACUUUUGUAUCUUGUGUCCUACCCUGUGAAUUUAUUUGUUGGCAGGAAUUAAGAUGCAGCUCAUGUUGAGGAAAACAGCUGUUAAUGAAAGACAAAAAAAAUAAAUAACAAAAAAAACAAAAGACGUGAUCAAAAAAACAAAAGACGCUGUGAUUAUUAUUUUGAUCUAUAUUAAGCUUCUCCAAACAUAUUAAUAAAAAGUCUUAUAAUUAUAAUUUUUCUACUAUUUCUUGAAUAUUUCUAACUAUUAUUUGAAUACUUUUGUUUACUUUAUAUGUUAGAAGUAUACAGUUCCGGAAGUUUCUUUGAUCAUGAUCUUAUUAAACUGAUUUCAAAUAUUUUUUAUUUUACAGAAGCUGGUACAAGAGUGGAAGCUAAAGGAAAGAACUUUAUACAGAAAUAACUAUUUUACUUUACAGAUUUCUUAUGGGGCACGGUAAAGUUUCCAGAGACCUUUAAUAUUAUCGAUAUGUUUUUCAUUACAGGUGUUCUAAGGUUUUGUAUGUAUUGUAUUGUACUUUGAUUAUAGCUGCUCAUAAGGUGAGUUUUAGGUACUCCUUCUUCCUUGUCCUUAAUUGAAUUCAUUAAUUCAUUUUUUGUAAUUCUGCAAUAUAAUCUUAUUGAUAUAAUAAAUGAUGUUAUACU